AAUAAAAAAAAAAGUAGUGAUGAACUAAGUGGUAUAUAUUUAUUUAUAAAAAAAAAAAAAAGAAAGAAAGAAAAGAAAAAGAAGAAGCUGCUAAUUUUUCUGUCUUUGGCUUCGCUACUUCAACAGUUGGUUCCAAUUAGAGACUGGAGCAGAGCUCUCUCUCUCUCUCUCUCUCUCUCUCUCUGUCAACUAGUUAUUAGGAGGUGCUAGCUGUUGGUAGCGCCCGCCAUGGCUUCCGCUAUUCUUUCUGUCGCCAAACCAUCUCUUCAGGCUAGCGGGAAGGGGUUUUCGGAAUUCUCUGGACUCCGAAGCUCAACCGCUUCCCUUCCAUUCGCCAGGAAGGCUUCCUCCGACGACUUUCUCUCUGUCAUUGCCUUCCAGACAUCUGCAGUGGGAAGCAGCGGGGGAUACAAGAAAGGCGUAGUGGAGGCAAAGCUAAAGGUUGCCAUAAAUGGAUUCGGAAGAAUCGGAAGGAACUUCUUGAGGUGCUGGCACGGCCGUAAGGACUCCCCUCUUGAUGUCAUCGCCAUCAACGACACCGGAGGCAUCAAGCAGGCCUCCCACCUCCUCAAGUACGACUCCACCCUCGGCAUCUUCAACGCCGACGUCAAGCCUGUUGGCACUGACGGCAUCUCUGUUGACGGCAAGGUCAUCAAGGUUGUCUCUAAUAGGAACCCCGUCAAUCUUCCAUGGAAGGACUUGGGAAUCGACCUAGUAAUUGAAGGCACCGGAGUGUUCGUGGACAGGGAGGGUGCAGGAAAGCACAUUCAGGCAGGAGCCAAGAAGGUGCUGAUCACUGCCCCAGGGAAGGGCGACAUCCCGACCUACGUCGUGGGCGUGAACGCCGAUGCCUACAACCCCGACGAGCCUAUUAUCAGCAAUGCCUCUUGCACCACCAACUGCCUUGCGCCCUUCGUCAAGGUGCUCGACCAGAAGUUCAGCAUCAUAAAGGGAACCAUGACCACCACCCACUCCUACACCGGUGACCAGAGGCUGCUUGACGCCAGCCACCGUGACCUGCGCCGUGCUCGCGCUGCUGCUCUCAACAUUGUCCCCACUUCAACCGGUGCAGCCAAGGCUGUGGCCCUUGUCCUCCCCACUCUCAAAGGCAAACUCAAUGGCAUUGCCUUACGUGUCCCCACCCCCAACGUCUCUGUCGUCGACCUUGUUGUCCAGGUCUCCAAGAAGACCUUCGCCGAGGAGGUCAACGCUGCUUUCCGAGAAAGUGCCGAGAAGGAGCUCAACGGCAUUCUCUCCGUCUGCGAUGAACCUCUCGUUUCCGUCGAUUUUAGAUGCACUGACGUCUCUUCCACUGUCGACGCUUCUUUGACAAUGGUUAUGGGAGAUGACAUGGUCAAGGUCAUUGCCUGGUACGACAACGAGUGGGGUUACUCCCAGAGGGUCGUUGACUUGGCUGACAUUGUCGCCAACAAUUGGAAAUGAAGUGACCAUCAUCCGCCUCCUUAAUCUCUCUCUGUCUCUCUCUCUCUCUCUUUUGAUUUUCAUGCCUACCUAUUUUUUUUCUUCCUCCGUCUAAAGAAUUUGUAAUGAGAAGAACCUUGGAAAAACCCGAUUUCUCUCGUUUGUCAUUACGCAAUAACAGUUUUUAUAUUGAUGA